GCAGGCUUUGUGCCCACUGGCUAAAUAAACAGAUACAAAACGCACACAUGCACAUGACCCAGAAACGCAUAUGCAUGCUUUCACCAGCAGAUGCAUGAAUGAACCCAAAAAGUUUGCAUACACACCAACACACAGGACUGCUCUGCUUCACGUCUCUCUCGUGUUCAUCUGCACCGUGGGGAAUCCCUAACUUUACACACAGAGCUACACACUAUCAACACAUGCAGGGAGGCAGUUGCGGUUGAUCACUGUGCUAGUGUGUGUCUGUGUGUUCUGCAGUGAGCCCAUUUAUCUUGUAGGGUGUUAUUUGUUUUUUCUUCGCCAGUUAUUUGCAGUGAGAAGGCUGGUGAAUCUAUCAUACUGAGAGAGCCAAAAGUCUGACAAGCUACACAGCCUGAUCUCGUCUCUUCUCCCUCCGCCCCCCAGUGCCAUCUGUCAUCACCUCCACCCCUUUCCCACCCUUUCUCCCUCCUUUCCUUCAGUGUUUAAGUUUCAUUCUCUGCUGAGGUUAAAAGAGAGCCAGGGUCAGCAGCACUCACAGAAACAAACAGGAAGGACACGCAGUGAGAGGAGCUGCAUGGCAGGCUGCCAGCUCCAACUGUAGCAAAAACAAGUCGAUGACUAAAAAGUCCGCCUCCUAUGAUGGACAAGAAAAGUGCCAAUGGCUUUCAGACCAAGGCCAGUGAGGGUGGUGUUCAGAGGAAGCAGCUGCCCUACUCAGUGGAGACUCCCUACGGCUUCCACCUGGACCUGGACUUCCUCAAAUAUGUUGAUGAUAUUGAAAAAGGCAACACCAUCAAAAGGGUCCACAUCCAGCGCAGGGUCAAGGGCCCAGGCAAGUUCAGCACUCUUCCCAGAAAUUUCAGCCUCCCUGGGCAUGGAGCCAAGUCUGCCCCUAAGGAAAAGGAUACCACAUGGUCUGGGACAUCCACCUUGGGGCCCAAACCUAAAUCACGAGUGUCAGAGGUCCAACACGUCUUUGAAUUCAGAUCAAGUGAAGGAGGAACUUCCAGUCAGAGCAGCAGGGGGACAAGCAGUCAAGGAGCUGGCUAUGUUUCAGCUAAGCCCAGGGAUGAAAUAAAUGCAGGACCCCGGGGAGUUGAAGCAAAAACUGUGGGGAUUCAAAGUCGGCCAAACCUACUCCGAGCAUCAAGCAUGCCAAUCACCCUACAGCAGCGGAAAGGUUCUGAUUCAAGCAGUCCAGACCGUACUGUGGGAACACCGGAGAACGGCUCAACAGAGAACAUGUUCCGUGCUUCACCAGACAUAAUAGAACGACGGUGUGUUCCCCAGGAUCGAACAGGGCUUCACCAGCAGAUCACAGUGGCAUUGAAGCGUGUCAGAGAGCUGGAAGAGCAGGUGAAAACCAUUCCAGAACUAAAAGCUCAAAUCUCCUCCUUGAGGGAGGAAAGAGAGAAGCUAUUGCUCCAGCUCCAAGCCCAGGCCCAAGCACAGGUUUCCACAUCACCGUCUACAAUAACCCCAGAGUUUGAAGCUGGGACAAAUACUCAGCGACCAGAACACAGACCUUCAGAAGAGGGCAACUUAAUUCUGAUGACUCAAACUACUGGUUUAGAAGCUUCACAGUGUGUAUCAGCAAUGCCAACAGGGGAAGAGAAACCAGGUGUGACAGAGAAAAGCAGUGUGUUACAAAACGACAGAGAGAGUACCUCAGUACAUGGAGAAAAGACUGGGUUUUCAGGACAAGAACUGGAGAGACAAACACAGCAGUCAGAGAAAUCAGUCACACAAAAAGAGACAGAGAGUCCAAUGGAGCCUGCAGUGCAAAACCUAUCAUCGGACAUUGCAGGACAGGAAUUACUCUGUCUUAGCGUGGCUGUAAAAGAGGCAGAAACUAGCAGUAUUGAAAAUGCAGCAAAAGGAGGAAAAUCUGAGCGUCCAGCUGUGGUGCAGAUUCUGCAAGAGAAGCUAAUGACACUGGAGUCUAAACUUACUCAAGCUAGCCAAGAGCUGGAAAGAACUAAUACACUUUUGAGAGAACAAAUAGAAGAGAACAAGGUUAAAGAGGAGAAAUUACUACAGCUGAGUGAGGGAAUAAGAGUUGAGGUUUGUACAACAGAAGCACAUGACAGAUCAAGAAGGGAGAGCAUUGAUACUGGGACAGAGACAGAGAAAGUAGAUUUUGCCAACCGAGAGACAGAGACAGAAUCACCUGGUACGGUAGAUCAAGGGACAGAUACAGACAGAAUCUGUGUUGAAGUAUGUGUACCCAAACCAAGAACUGGAAGUAUAGGUCAAGGAACAGAGACUAAAGUUGACACUUAUGAUCAAGUGACAGAGAUGCAGGAGGAAGUAGCUGCAGUGAGCCCACCAAGACCCAGAGCUGACAGCAUGGAACGGGGAACAGUGACUGAGAGGAUUGCUACUCAGGAUCAGACUACUGAGACACCAGUGACUGAAAGGGUAAACCAAGUCACGGAAACGGAAGACAAGACAGUGAUGGACUAUUCUCAGAGACCGAGGGCCAACAGUGUAGAACGAGGGACAGAGACAGAGAGGGUGGACACAGUGGACAGGGUGACAGAGACAGAGGUAGCACAAAGGGCAGAUCAGCAGACGGAGACAGAGAUAGAGAGACAGGAAAACAAUCCAGCCACAGAUACAGAAGCACAGACUCAUGUGAGAGAAAGUUUAGAAGAUGUUGACACUGUAGCCAGGGAAAGAAUUGAAGACAAGGAAGAAAAUGAAAGAAUUAAAAGACAUAGUGAAAGAGCGGCCAUGACAGUUGUCACAGAGAGUUCAGCUGCAGAAAGUGUAGUUGAACAAAUUGUUUCAGAGACUGUAAUCCAGAAUGAAGAGCGUACCGGUCCACGUACUGCAACGGGAGAAAAAGAAUCUAUGAUUGAAGCAAGUACUGAACAGAAUGAUACAGAAACAAAAGAAAUUAUAAUCUCAAAAAGUGUAGUAACAGAAGUUGUUGAAACAAAGCCGGUUGCCCUGGAGACUGUAGAAACAAAUCAACCAGCAGAGGGUGAGGUUGUCUGUGCGACAAUCAAAAAAACUGUGGUCACUGAUACAAUAGUAUCAGAGAAGGAAGCUGUGAAGACAGCAGGUCCUGUAAGACCUCAGAGAGGCCGGAAGCCCUCAGCAGAGGGACAACCAUUGCCGUCUCAACAUCAGACUGCACCUGUGCGUCCUCGUAGAGGAUCCAGUGAACCUCAAGCCCAGCAGCCCCCGACAAAGCCCCAGCCCCAGGUGCAAGCAGAGAAGGCCCCUCAAUCUAUAACACAGCUCUCUAAACCACAGGCAAAAACUGAAGCCCCAUGUGUGUCUCAGGUUGAAGACAAUACCCAAGCAAAGAGACGUUCUGGGGAGUUCAGUGAGGAAAAACCUCAAUCACAAUCUCAGGGCCCAUCUCCAGGUGCCAGUGAAGCCCAGACACGUCCCAAAACAAUUCAAGCCCAGUCUCUAAUGUCUGCAACUCGACGGGACUUAAAAGAGCUUAAAGCACCACAAAGAGGAUCGAGUGCAUCACAAGGCCAGACCCGCCCAACUCGCCACACAUCAACUAUUGUCCAACCUCAGUCUAAAGGCUCUCGUAGAAGUUCCAGUGAGACACAACCCCCUCACAAAAAUACCACUGAGACACAGUCCCUGCACAAAGGCUCUAGUGAAACAGCCCAGCGUCGUGCUUCAAGUGAGGCCCAGGCCUCUCGUCGAGACACUGGUGAGACUCAACCUCCUCGCAGAGGCUCUGGUGAAUCACCAACCUCUCCUGCAGCUUUGGGUCAAGUCGUAACCCGGAUAACAGGGCUUCUGGGGGAGCAGUGGGCACAGCUGGGGAGCAGCUCUGGAGCUCAACAGACAGCCAGCCAGCAGGAGAGCCCCAGCACACAAAAACAGGUGGCAGGGAAAAAGGCAGAGGCAGGGAAAGGAGCAACAGCCAAGAUGGCAGGGAAAUCAGUCCCUGCAGCAACAACAGGGAAGGCAGCGGGGAAACCUGGUCCUUCCAAAAUGAGCUCUAUUCAAAGCCAGCUGGUCAGCUCCCUCAGUGUCCUCUCUGCCUUCUACUCACCAGGCCAGAAAGCUGCUGCUGCCAGCAAACAACAAGAACAAGGUCUCAAAUCUAUUAUGAAGAAAAAUGGUGAUGCUGACAAGCAGAGGAACAAGGGAGCCAAGAAAAACCUGAAGUUUGUUGGAGUGAACGGAGGCUAUGAGACGACAUCCAGUGAAGAGUCCAGUGGAGAUGAGAAGUUGAAAGUGGAGGAGGAAGACAGCUCUGAGCCAGAGGUGGAGAAGGAAAAGGAGACUCAGUCAACAGAAAAGCCUGAGGAGACCAUAGAGACCCAGGGAAAGGAUGCAGAUGUACCAAGUGAAGGGGGAGAGGCUGUAGCUGGAGAGAAAGGAGCUGAAAGAGGCCUGCUGGAUCUAGACAGCAACCAGGAGCUCCUGGAGAAGCAGGCUGAAGGGGGGAAUGUUAACAAAGCCUUUAUAGAUGCUUGCGUAUAUGUAAAGGACCGCAUGGAAGAGGUUUCAUCUCCAGAUAAAGAAAUGCGUCAGGUUUUAGUGGUGCUUUACCAGGAAUGGUUCAGUGUCUCCAGUCAGAAAGACUCGCAGGCCGACACUGUCAGAUUAUACCUGCAGCAAGUGGGUUUGACCACACCCACCCUUCUUCCAUAUGUUGUUAACUUGACAGACGGCAAUGGGAAUAUGGCCCUCCAUUACAGUGUGUCGCAUUCAAACUUCCCUGUGGUCAAACUGCUGCUGGAUACAGGCCUAUGUGAGACAGACAAUGUGAACAAAGCAGGCUACACUCCAGUGAUGCUGGCUGCACUGACAGCUGCUGAGAGCCCUGAUGAUCUGGAGGUGGCAGAACAACUGUUGAGACUGGGUGAUGUCAACGCACGUUCCCGACAGGCGGGCCAGACGGCACUCAUGCUCGCAGUUAGCCACGGCCGCAUUGCCAUGGUGAAGCUGCUCCUGAGCUGCGGCGCAGAUGUAAAUGCCCAGGACCGUGAGGGAUCUACGGCCCUCAUGUGCGCCAGUGAACACGGACACACACACAUUGCUCGUCUGCUGCUGGAGACAGGUCGCUGUGACACCAGCCUCACAGACAAGAACGGUCAAACAGCACUGUCAGUGGCAGAGGGAGCCUCCCAUAAAGACAUAGUCGACCUUCUGAAGGCCCACACUGAGACUCGACCCUCUGAGCCCUCAUCUACCACAGACCUCCUUUGAGCCAGGCUGACCCCCGUUUACUCUUCCAAACCACUCUAAGCUCAUUGACCG